AUGACGAAAUUUAAUUCCCCAUUUAUUAAACAAACUUCAUUUGAAGUUGAUUAUGCUCCCACUCAUAUUACCAAAUGGAAAUCUCAAAGAACUGGAUUACAAUUAACUUAUAUUAAUCAACCUUCACCCAUAGUUAAUGGAUAUUUUGCUGUUGCUACAGAAAUUUCUGAUAAUUCUGGUGCUCCACAUACUUUAGAACAUUUAAUAUUUAUGGGAUCGAAAAAAUUCCCUUAUAAAGGAUUAUUAGAUAAUUUAGGUAAUAGAUUGUAUUCAUCAACUAAUGCAUGGACAUCAGUAGAUCAAACUGUGUAUACAUUGAGAACUGCUGGUUGGGAAGGAUUUAAAACAUUAUUACCUAUAUAUCUUGAUCAUUUAAUUAAUCCUACAUUAACUGAUGAAGCAUGUUUAACUGAAGUUUAUCAUAUUGAUGGUAAAGGAGAAGAAAAAGGGGUUGUAUUUAGUGAAAUGCAAGGAAUUGAAAAUCAAUCAUGGUUUAUUGUUUUCCAAAAAAUGCAAGAAACUUUAUAUGAUAAGAAUUCUGGGUAUUCUUCAGAAACUGGAGGGUUAAUGUCAGAAUUACGUCAUUUAACUAAUGAAAAGAUUCGUGAAUUUCAUAAAUUAAUGUAUAGACCAGAUAAUUUAUGUGUUAUAAUUACUGGAUCAAUUGAUCAAGAUGAAUUAUUAGAGAUUAUGACGGAAUUUGAUAAUGAAUUGCCCGCUGCAUCAACUGGCCAAGGAAUUUGUAAACGACCAUUUGUUGAUUCCAAACAUGAUGAACCACUUACCGAAGUGAUUGUUCAAGAAGUUGAAUUUCCUGAAAAAGAUGAAACUAUGGGUGAAUUAUUAAUUUCAUGGAUUGGACCAAUGGGGAAUGAUACUUUGACGAAUGUUGCUCUUGAUAUGGUAGGGGCAUAUUUCACUGAUAGUCCGAUAUCAAUUUUUAAUAAACAUUUAAUUGAGAUUGAAAAUCCAUUAGCCACAGAAGUUUUAUAUAAUACUGAUGAUUAUUAUCGUACAGCAUUAAAUUUCAAUUUUAGUGGUGUCCCUACAGAAAAUUUACCAGAAUUAGAUAAUAAAAUUAAACAAUUACUUAAAGAACAAACCAACCCUGACAAAAUUGAAUUAGAAUAUAUGAAACAAAUAAUUGAACAACAAAAAUUGAAAUUUAUUGCUAGUGCAGAAAAUUCUGCUUCAAUUUUUUCCAAUGUGGCUACAUUAGAAUUUAUUUAUGGUGAUCCUGAUGGAUCAGAUUUAUAUAAAUGGACUAAAGAUUUAAAAGAAUUUGAAAUUUUAAUGGAUUGGACCCGCCAGCAAUGGAGUCAAUUGAUUGAUACUUAUUUUGUUCAGAAUAAAUCAGCAACUAUUUUGGGUAAACCAUCAGCAGAAUUAAAUGAAUCAAUGAAAUUACAAAAUAAGCAAAUUUUAAAAGAUAUUAAAAAUAAAUAUGGUGGUGAUAAACAAUUGGCAAAUUUACAAUUGAAAUUAGAAGCGGCACAAAAAUUCAAUGAUACACCAAUUCCUGACGAAUUAGUUACACAAUUUCCUGCACCUGAUCCACUGAAAAUAUCAUUUAUUCAUACAAAAUCGUAUAAGGCGGGAAAUACUAAAAAUGGAAUAGUUGAUAAUUCAACUAAUCAAUAUAUUGAAAAUGAUGAUAUUAGUAGAUUAUUAGCAAAAGAUACCCCAUCAUCAAAUGAUUUCCCAUUAUUUAUUCAUUUUGAACAUUUUAAGUCACAAUUUGUUACUAUUCAAUUAGUUAUGUCAUCGAAAACCGUUGACCCCAACUUAUUAAGUUAUAUGUCAAUAAUGGAAGAAAUUUUUUCCAUGUCAAUAGAAAUACCUAAAGAGGAUGGUGGGGUUGAAUAUAUUCCUUAUGAAAAAGUUAUUAGUGAUAUUAAUCGAGAUUUAAUUGAACAUGAAUUAGAUAAUGGAUUUGAUGAACAAUUUUUCGAAUUAAUUACUAUUAAAAUUAAAUUUGAAAUUAAAAAUUAUCAAAAAGCUAUUCAAUGGUUAUAUAAUAUAACCAAUCAUGUUAAAUUUGAAAUGAAUCGUAUUAAAAUAAUUAUUGAAAAAAUAAUUAAUUCAUUACCAGAGAAAAAACGUAAUGAAGAAUUAAUGAUGUAUUCAUCACAAUAUCGUCAUUUAUUUAAUGAAAAUUCAUUAAGAAAAGCUCAAGAUUCAAUAUUUACUGAAUCAUUUUAUAAAAAUUUACUAGAAAAGUUAGAUACCCAAGAUAAUGGAUUUAAAGAAAUUGAAGAAGAUUUAAAUAAAUUUAAACAACAAUUAUUUCAAUUAGAUAAUAUUAAAGUGAUUAUUUUAGGUGAUGUUACUAAAUUACAAAAUCCAGUGAGUAGUUGGAAUCGAUUUAUAACCCCACCACAACUGUGUCACACUAAUGGUGGAAUUGUUGUCCCAUUUCGAGAUUUACCAAGAUCAUAUCAAUAUCGAUCAUUAUUAGGUGAAACAUGUCAUGGAGAAGCAUUUAUUGUUAAUAUUCCUAGUGCUGAUUCCACACAUUUAACCAGUAUAACGAAAAUUCCUCAUGGGAAUUAUCUUGAUGAAGAUAUUUUCCGAAUUGCCCUUGCCACGGAAUUUUUAACUGCUGUUGAAGGACCAUUUUGGAGAGGUAUUAGAGGUACUGGAUUAGCUUAUGGAGUUCAUAUUACUCGUAAUAUUGAAACUGGUUAUUUAAAUUUCAAUAUUUAUCGAGGUUCAGAUUGUAUUCAAACUUGGAUUAAAGCUAAAACCAUAAUUGAACAAUUUAUUAACCGAGAAUUAAUUAUUGAUGAAAUCAGUAUAGAUAAUGCUAUUAAUGGAUUAAUUAAUGAAUUAAUUAAUAAUCAUAAUAAUAAUCAUUAUAAUACUGCUAUAAGUAAAAUUGGAGAUAAUAUUUUUAAAAAUCGUGGACCUAAUUAUAUUGAAUUUUUCAUUAAAAAAUUAAAUCAAUUAAAACAAACAAGUAAUUAUCAAGAUGAAAUUAUUUAUAUAUUGAAAAAAUAUUUUAUUAAAUUAUUUGAUGCUUCAAAUUCAACAAUUUUUACAAGUUUACCAUCAGAUAAAAUUGAAUCUGUAGCAGGGUUUUUCAAUAAACAAGGAUAUAAUAUAAAUGUUGAAGAUAUUGGAUCAGAAGAUUAUUCUGAAGAAGAAGAGUAUAGUGGGUCUGAAGAAGAUGAUGAAUGUGAAUCAGAUUAG